UCUUCAACAAUAAAACGACAACAACGACUGUCUAUUUUGACAAUUAAUAUUUAAUAUUCAUUCAACAAUGUUAAAUAAUAUCCAUACACAAAUUCAACAAUGAAUAAUUUAAAAACACUAUCAUCAUCAUCAAUUAAAAACCCAACUUUAUAUUAAAAGUUUUAAGUGAAAAUAUUUAAAAAACAAAUACAUAAUAGUGUAAUUAAUUGGUGUAAACAAUGAAUAACAAGGUGUGGUCUUAUUUAAUAUUUCUAGCAUGGAUGUCAUACUUGAUGUCAUCAGGAUUGUUGUUAUUUAUAAAUGGUUUUUUUCUCACUCGUAUAUCACGUAAUGAAAAAAAUAAUUGUACAAGUUGUCGUAAUUGGAAGACAUGUAAUAUCGAGGAUAUUCUAAAUGAUAAAAAAAAUUCAGACAACAUUUGUCCUGAGCAAAGAGGUAGAGUUGUACUAUUAAUAGUUGAUGCAUUGAAAUAUGAUUUUUUAAAUUGGCAAAAUGACACAAAACACCCAACAUCAUCAUCAUCAUCAUAUCAUUUGAAUAAAGUACCAAUUGUCAAUGAACUGUUAAAUAAACAGCCUAAAAAUUCACGUUUAUAUAAAAGUAUUGCUGAUCCACCAACAACAACAAUGCAAAGAAUAAAAGCAUUUACAACUGGUACACUACCAACAUUCAUUGACAUUGGAUCAAAUUUUGCAUCAGAAGAAAUAACUGAAGACAAUAUAAUUGAUCAAAAUAAAAAUAAUGGAAUAGUAUUUAUGGGUGAUGAUACAUGGACAAAUUUAUAUCCUGGUAAAUUUUUACGUCAAUUUCCAUCACCGUCAUUUAAUGUGUGGGAUUUAGAUACAGUUGAUCGUGAAGUUAAAAAUAGAAUAUUUUUUGAAUUACAAAAAACAGAUUGGUCAUUAAUAAUAGCACAUACACUUGGUGUUGAUCAUUGUGGUCAUAAACAUGGACAAAAUCAUCCAGAAAUGACAAGAAAAUUAAAUGAAACAAAUGAACUUAUUAAAGAAAUAAUUGAUGUUAUUAAUGAUGAUACUGUUUUAUUUGUAAUGGGUGAUCAUGGAAUGACUGAAUCUGGUGAUCAUGGUGGUGAUAGCUCAAACGAAAUUGAUACUGCUUUAUUUAUUUAUUCAAAAAAACAACUUCAAGAUAAUAAUCCAACUUUUUCACAGUCAAAAAUUGUUAAUCAAAUUGAUAUUGUACCAACAAUAUCAACAAUUCUUGGUUCACCAAUUCCAUUUUCAAAUAUUGGAUCAAUUAUCAUUGAUGCAUUACCAAAAUAUCGUAACAAAACAAUUAUAACUGAUCAUCCAUGGUACACUUUACAAUCAACAUGGAAAAAUGUUAUCCAAGCUAAAAAUUAUAUUGAUGCUUAUUCAGCUGAUUCAUCAUUAUUUGAUCAAGAUAAAUUGGAUAAAUUAAAUGAUUUAUUUAACAAAAUUAAUAAUGAAAAAAGUCAAGUUAUAAAUCACAAUAAUAUUGAUAAUUAUUUAAAAUAUACAAAAGAAUAUUUCAAGCUGAUUCGUGAUUCUUGUGUUGAAAUUUGGGCACAAUUUGAUACAAAAUUAAUGUCACAAGGUUUAUUAUUAAUGUCAUGUACAAUAUUUUUUAUUUAUAUAUUUAUAACUGGUAUAUCUGAGGAGAGAAUGAAUAAUAUAUUUACAUCAACAUUUUUGCUGAUAACAAUAAGUUUAAAUAUCAUAACAAGUGGAACAAUAUAUUUAUUAUAUUUUAUAAAUAUCAUUGAUGAAUUUAAAAAUAAUCAAAUGUUUUUAAAUGGUGCUGUGUCAAUGCUGUGUCUAGUCAUUUUAGUAAUACAAAAUUGGGAUGUUAUAACAACAACAUGGUACAAUAAUACAAAAUAUAAAAAAAUUAAUUAUCUUGUACGUGUUAUAUUGUUAUUAACAUUUUGUGGUUUAUUUACAAAUAGUUAUAUUAUUGAAGAGGAUAAAGUACUGUCAUUUUUAUUGAUAACAUUAAUUUGGAUAAUUAUUUAUAGUAUCAGUGAUGACAAGACUGAUAAUAUUGAUAAAAAAAAUCGUAGCACUAAAACAACAAUUAAAUAUAGAAAAAAAAUAAUAUUAAUAAUCAUUGGAUUUAUCAUUAGUUUAUCAAUAAGACUGUCAACAUAUUUUUGGCGUUGUAGAGAAGAACAAAUACGUGAUUCAUGUCAAUUGUUUGGUAAAAUUGGAUCAAUAAAUUCAAGUAGUUAUGAUAGAAUAUUAUUAAUAACAACAAUUAUUUUAUUGUCAUUGUACAUUGUUGUCAUAAGAAUAUGGCUUAGAAAUUGUGGUAAUUUAUCUGGUCUAUCACCAAGUGUUAUGCUUGCAAGAUAUUGUCCAAUAGUUAUUGUUGUGUGUAUUGGAUCAUACUGGGUACUACAAAGAUUACCAAAAGAUUCAAAAGUUAAAUUUACAUUAUCUUGGCAAAUGAAUGCAUUACCACAAGUUGUUUAUAUUUUAAUAAUAACAACUAUCAUUGUACUUUUUAUAAAACCAUUAAAAGUAUUUUUAUUACCAAAACAAAGAGAAUCAUUUAAUAUUUAUCAAGGUGAAAAUGUUGUACCACAAUUAUAUGAUAAAGUUAAAAAACUUUUUUAUAAUAAAAAACAACAUGAUAAUAAUCAUACAAAUAAUCAUGAUAACAACAAUGAUGUACCAAUUGUUUAUGGUCUUGGUACUGUUUAUAGUGCAGCAUUUAUUUCAUUUAGUCUUUUGUUGACUUUACUUUUUGCUUUGUUACUUGGUAAUAUUUUAGCAUCAAGUACUGUCAUCAUGACAAUAACUGGUGCUUGUGUUUUGGCUAUUGUUGCCAUUGAAAGAUUUCGUAAUGCCAAUGAUUCAAAUGAACUUUUACAAAUACCAAGUUCAAGUAUAUUUUGCUGGUUUCUCAUUGCUGAAUAUUAUUUUUAUGGCACUGGUCAUCAGCCAACAUUUCCAACAAUUUAUUGGGAUGCUGCAUUUAUUGGUACUGGUGGACAUUUUUAUGGAAAUUUAAUACCAGCAUUACUCAUUGGAAUAAAUACAUUUGGAUCUUCAAUUAUUUUGGGCAUCACAUUGCCAUUACUUGUUAUUGCACCAUUUACAAUAUUCGUUAUGAUACCAAAAAUAGCAAAAUUAAAAUUUAAAGCUGAUAAUGAUAUGAAGAGAGGCGAGCUUGUUUUGUUUGACAAAGAAUCAUCAUUUCAUCAUUCUAUAUUUGUUGUUUGUGUUAAAUACAUACUGUUUCAUGCAUUCAGAACAUUUGGAUGUAUGCUGUCAGCAACAGUGCACUGUCGUCACUUGAUGGUAUGGAAAAUAUUUGCUCCAAAAUUAAUAUUUCAAGGACUAGGAUUUCUCGUAACAUUAUCAAGUAUUUUAAUAACAUAUUUUUUUGUCAUAAGAAUUGAUAGACAAGUUGAAAGACUAAUUGCACGAGUUACCAAAAAUAGAUGAUAAAUUGAGUUAACUUGAUAAAAUAUAUUGUGAUUCCUCGGGCAAUUUAAGUGCUCAAAUUAAAAGAAAAAAAAACGUUAAGUUUUAUCCCAUAUA